CGUCACGUGCUGCGCCGCGAACCCAAAGGGAACUCGCACGUCUCGAGUCCAUCCCGACCGACCUGAUCCGGCGAGUCGGACCAGCCACCAACACCGGACGACUCCGACGAGAUGAUGUCGCCGAAGCCCUCCGCCUCCGCCUCCGCCGCGGCGGACGGCGGCGUGGGCGCCUCCACCUCUCGAUCGGCGCCGACGGCCAGAAUUCCCUGGGCUUCUACGGAUAGUUUCCUUUCAUCUAGAGAUCCCCUCCCCGGCGAUAUAGAUACGCCUCGAGAAUUACGGUCAACGCCAUUGCAAGUAAUUCAUAUUUUGGGCAACUUCAUGAGAAUUUGGUCUGUGUACUCCUUAUAUAACUACCUAUCCAGUGGUGGGGAUUCAGUAGCUGGAUUUAUCUUCAGUUGUCUUGUACCCGCUUCAAUCAUCUUCUUUGUCUUACAGAAGCCAUGGAAAGGCCGGCCUUUGACCAACGCACAGGUCAUUCCCACAGUUAUCAAUGGAGGAAUCCUGGCGCUAUACUUUGUGUUAUGGGGUAAAGGACUUCUUGCUUGUGGGCCACUAGUCGCUCUGCUGGCGGAGUAUGCAGGUGCGGUUCUUGGAGUUCUCUCUGCUGCUUUGUAUGGAAGGAGAGUUAAUAUAUGGAAAAAGAUUGGCGGGCUUGCUGCUAUGUUGGUAGCAUACUAUCUCUUAUCAAAUGGGUGGGCAACAAGAACACAUUCGCCACUAUAUAGCUUUGGAAGUGAACCGCUGGAGAAGGCAACUCAAACAAUUGGAAUGAAAGAAAUGGUAGUGCCAAUUACUGCUGGGAUUUUAUCUGCUUUAAGGAGAGUAUUAGCUCGGCGUGUUUCUCUCAAGAAUCAACUUAAAAGGAGACUUCAUGCAAUAACUAUUGCUUCUGCGACAUGUUUUCUUUUUCCAUUUGCGAUGUGGGACACAAUCCUAGGUUCAGCAUCUGACAGCAUAGUUAAACUACAGUUUCCAAGCUGGGCAUACUUGAGUACCGUUGUGUUUGGGAUUGUGCUAAUAUUCUAUGUUGACAAUGGUGCCGAGGAAAAGUUGCAUAUGGUUUUUUCUUCUCCAAGGCACUUAAUGGUUUCAACAGGUUGCAUCAUUAUUUUGGAGAUGUUGUACAAAAUGGAUUUCUCCCUUUUGGGAUUCGUGCUCUGUUCCGUGAUUUUAGGAUUUGGCAUUUUUGAAGCUACCUCCUUGGAGCGCUCAAAGAAAAGCCCUUUAGAGACACAUGAACUGUCAAAUGGAGUGUUCCACAAUCAGUUGCCAAUUUCAGCACUUCCGAGCUGAAGAAUAUACAACCUGGGUGAGAUGCAUUUAAAAAAAAUUAUGUUUGGUUGUGUACGAAUAUCAAACUACUUAUCUUUUUAGUUAGUUGUGGCACAUAUUAGUAAUAUCAAUUUGUCAUACAUUGGCUCCUAGUGUGGGGACAAAUCAUUAGAGAAGUCUUGAAUUCUGUGAAAACUCGACUAAGAGCUCAACUCUUUACAGGUCCUAACAUGCUUUAUCUGGUAACUGAACCGACAGAUUUAACCCUUC